UAGAAUUUUGUUAUUUCAGCCAUGUUAGCAAUUGGAUUUACAAUAAUCUACACAACUGUAUAUGUUUAUAGCUGACAUUCAGAUGCAUUCAGAUGUCAACCCAACCAUAAUAAAUCUUUUGAUUAACUAUCAUAAAUUAAGACAAGAAUGUCCAGAAAUAACAGCUGAUCUGCGGCCAUCAUCCAUCAGUGGACUUCUGCAAAACAAUUACCAUGGAGUUUUGAGAUCACGAGAUGAUGCUGGAAGUCGAGUUCUAAUCUAUCGGAUUGGUCAGUGGAACCCCAAAGAAUUCACAGCUUAUGAGGUUUUCCGUGUAAGCCUCAUUACAUCAGAGUUGAUUGUUCAAGAAUGGGAGACUCAAAGAAAUGGACUCAAAGCAAUUUUUGAUCUCCAAGACUGGUGCUUCGCACAUGCCCUGCAGAUAAAUCCUUCUUUGGCAAAAAAGAUAUCUUCUGUACUUACAGACUCCUUUCCUUUGAAAGUACGUGGCAUCCAUUUGAUAAAUGAGCCUAUUUUUUUCCGUCCUGUCUUUGCUAUGAUCCGUCCAUUUCUUCCAGACAAAAUCAAACAACGGAUUCAUAUGCAUGGGAGUUCAUAUGCCCAAAGUCUCUGUGAUUACUUUCCGAAGGCUAUCCUCCCUCCUGAGUAUGGAGGAACCGGACCCAGCAUAGAUGAAGUGUGCCAAGAUUGGACUGAGUACAUCAUGCAGUCUGAAGACUAUCUCUAUAGGCUCUCUCUAGACUUAGGUGGAGGCGAUGCUUCUCAGUCAUCUGCCUAUGAGUGAUUACAAUGAAGUUGCUUCCAGCUAAAAAAAACAAAAAGAGUCCUCUAUCCAUAAUAUUGCUUUCUCCAGUGGAAAAGUCAUCUAAUAUGAAUAAGGAGAGAAAUAGAUUAAGCUCUGUUUAUAAGUGGAAAAAAGUCCAAAACAAUUCUAAACAAAUUUGUCUGUGGAUGACCUGAGAGUGAGUCAAUUUUCGUUUUUGGGUGAAACAUUCCUUUAAAUUGUAAAGCAUAUUAGUGUGAACAUAUAUGCUUUGCUUAUAUACUUAUACUUUUUUUCAUAUUGUACAUGAAUUAAUGGUGCAACUAUUUAAAUUGUAUGCCUAGCUCUCCUAAUAUUCCAGACUGGAAAAAAAAGACUUAGUUUGACUAAGUCAUAUUUUUGAAUAAUGUGAUUUUAUUGAAUUCUAUAUCACACAGAUAUUCACUGCAAGUACUUGAUAUACCUCUGAAGUUACAAUAUAGCAUCAGAUAUCAUAUUUUGUGUUUACUUUUAGAAGAAGGAUUCCACAGUCACUUGUAAAUAACACAUGUAGUGUACAAUGUUGUGCAUUACCGAAAUAUCAAAGUGCCUUUCUUAUUUCCUUGUGAAAUGUCAAGGUUUUUAUUGUUGUAUUUUCAUAACAAUGGACAUAACUCAGGAUGUUACAUAAGUCUCUGUGCUUCUAGAAGUUAGAUAUCAGUUAUCAUGAACUGCUUCACUAUAUUGCUGCUCUUAAGUCAAAUGAUCUGUAAUGUAACUGUAAACUGCAGCAUUUAUUAGCCUUUGCUGAAUUUGAAAUAAAUAAACAGCUGAAGACAUGCACUUAUUUAGUCUAAACCAAGUGGGAUUACAAAAUGGCACUUUGGUCUAGUGCCUUUUGCUCUGACUCUUAAACAAAUAUAAACAGAGACUAAUGACCUUACUGGAGCUCUUCAUGUUUACAGAUUUACUUAAAUGUGAAUUUCUGAAACCAUGUAUAUAAUCUAAUUCAGUUUGUUGCAUUCUUUCUGUCAGACAGUGUAUCUAAAGACAGAAGAAAAGGACUGUUUUACAUUAUUUAACUGUGCUGUCCUCACUUAUUAUCAAACUUUGACUAUUGUUUUUUUUAUUUAAUGUACAUUAUCAUAAUGAUAAAAAGUUAUACACAGGCAUAUUAAUACACAAUGUGCAACUCAAAUAAACUUGGCAGCCAAACAAUUGCAAA